AUGGCAGAAUCCGGGAAGAUUACCAUUUCCAUUGACCGUGGGGGCACCUUCACUGAUGUCCAUGCCAUUGUGCCCGGUCGUCCAGACAUUAUUCUCAAGCUCCUCUCGGUAGACCCAUCUCACUAUCAAGAUGCACCCACCGAGGGUAUCCGUCAGAUCCUCGAGCGUGCGACGGGAGAGUCACAUCCACGGGGUCAACCAUUGAAGCUCGACCUCAUCGGCUGUCUGCGUAUGGGCACCACUGUUGCAACCAAUGCCUUACUUGAGCGGAAGGGUGCUCGUUCAGUCCUUUUCACCACGAAGGGAUUUCGCGACUUGCUCAAAAUUGGCGACCAGUCCCGCCCAGCCAUCUUCGACUUAUCAAUGAUCCGUCCGGGAAUGCUACCAGAAGGCGUGGUCGAAGUUAAUGAGCGAGUGAUACCCUGCCACCAUGCUGCAGACAGUGGUUGCUUCUCAGAUUCUCGAGUUGUGGAGGGAAUCACCGGCGAGACGUUCCGCGUGGUGCAGGAAUUGGAUCUUGCGCAAGUGCGUGCAGAACUUCAGCGCCUCAAAGAGCAAGGAUAUCAGUCUCUCUCUGUGGCCCUUUUGCAUUCAUUUGCCUACCCGAACCAUGAGCUUCAGAUUGGGCGGCUUGCAGAGCAAAUGGGGUUCUCUGUCACUCUGUCUUCCAAGCUACAGCCUAUGAUCAAGAUCGUGCCCCGCGGAAUGUCGGCCGCGGCCGAUGCAUACCUCACCCCGGUCAUCAAGACCUAUAUCGACUCCAUUUCGUCUAGCUUUGAGGGUGGCUUGGAGAGCCAACAGGACUGUCGGUUUGAGUUCAUGCAGUCAGAUGGCGGGUUGGUUGAUUUCCGCAAGUUCAGUGGGCUGAAGGCGAUCCUCUCUGGCCCAGCGGCCGGAGUGGUGGGCUUUGCAGCCACAAGUUGGGAUCCUACUGAGCAAACUCCUGUCAUCGGCUUCGAUAUGGGUGGUACAUCUACUGACGUGUCACGUUUUGAUGGUCACCUGGAACAUGUCUUUGGAUCGAAAGUCGCUGGCGUCUCGAUACAAUCACCCCAGCUCGACAUCAACACCGUGGCUGCUGGCGGUGGCUCCAUUCUUAGCUGGCGCAACGGUCUGUUUUAUGUUGGACCUGAGUCGGCAAGCGCACAUCCAGGUCCUGCGUGUUAUCGGAAAGGUGGUCCCUUGACCGUAACCGAUGCCAAUCUGUUCCUCGGUCGGCUACUGCCGGAGUAUUUCCCACACAUUUUUGGACCAAACGAGGAUCAACCACUGGACACAGAGGUCACAGCACGGCUUUUCAGUGACCUUACACAGAAGAUUAACGUCGAGCGCCGGCAUCAUUUCCAACAAGAGUACAGUCCAGAGGAGGUUGCGCUCGGGUUCCUCAAAGUUGCAGACGAAUCCAUGGCCCGGCCAAUCCGCAAUCUCACUGAAGCCCGUGGAUUUGAGACUGCGUCUCAUCAUCUGGCUUGCUUUGGUGGCGCUGGAGGCCAGCAUGCGUGCUCUGUAGCCGCCUCCCUGGGGAUUUCCCGCGUUAUAAUCCACAAAUACUCGUCUGUCCUGUCAGCAUACGGCUUGGCUUUAGCAGAAGUGGUCAAAGAGUCCCAGGAGCCAGUCUCGUCCGACUAUCAAUCUUCACACUCGUCUCUGCUCCAACGCUUUAACGAGAUAGCCGCCGCAGCUACAGAUGAGAUGCAAGCACAGGGCUUUCCGUCGAAUCAAGUGCGACAUGAACAGUAUCUUAACAUGCGGUACGAGGGUUCGGAUACUAGCCUGAUGAUUCUAAAGCCCGAGGGCUCGUCUGACUUUUUGGAUGAAUUCCAUGUCCGUCAUCGCCGCGAGUUCAAUUUUAUCUCGGAACGACCAGUUCUCGUUGACGACAUCCGGGUACGGACCAUUGCCUCCUCCAAGGUGCGGACGGAACGGAGCCCAUUGAACCAGUUGAAAGAGGCGAGCCUGCGAGAUUUGUCGACGGCACCGGCAGAUACUAGCUCGGCCUAUUUCGAUGGCUGCUCAACACGUAUUGAUACGCCCGUCUACCUCCUGAAUCAACUGGAAAAGCACUGCCGCAUCACCGGUCCAGCUGUCAUCAUUGACCAGACCCAAACAAUUGUUGUGGCUCCCAAUUCCGUGGCAAAUUUGCUUGACACCUGCAUCGUCAUCGAUCUGAAAGACGAGCCAACUACCUCGUCUUCGGACCCCAACCAAUCAUCCGAAAUUGAUCCUAUCCGACUCAGUAUUUUUGGGCAUCGUUUCAUGUCCAUUGCCGAACAAAUGGGUCGUACGCUGCAAAAGACCUCUGUUUCCACCAACAUCAAAGAGCGAUUGGACUUCUCGUGUGCUCUUUUCUCUCCCGACGGAGGGCUUGUAGCCAAUGCACCCCACGUGCCGGUGCAUUUGGGGUCGAUGCAAUUUGCCGUUCGCUACCAGCAUCAAAAAUGGCUGGGGAACCUGAAAGACGGCGAUGUGUUGGUUGCCAAUCACCCCAGCUGUGGCGGUACCCAUCUGCCAGAUAUCACGGUCAUUACUCCCGUCUUCGAUCGUCCUGGUGGCACCGAAAUCAUGUUCUACGUGGCAUCGCGAGGCCACCAUGCAGAUAUUGGCGGUAUCUUGCCCGGAUCGAUGCCUCCCAAGUCAACUGAAUUAUGGCAGGAGGGUGCUGCUAUCGAAGGCGACAAGAUCGUCAGUAAUGGCGUCUUGGACGAGGCACGUCUGAUUGAAUUGCUGGUCACCAAGCCUUCGCAGUAUCCUGGCUGCGCUGGCGCACGUUGUAUUAGCGACAACUUGUCCGACUUGAAAGCCCAAAUCGCCGCUAACACCCGCGGGAUCAGCUUGAUCCAAACACUCUUUGCCGAGUAUGGCGUCCAAACGGUGCAGAAGUAUAUGUAUGCCAUUCAGGCGACGGCGGAGACUGCGGUCCGCAGUUUGCUGAAGGGACUAUAUCAAAAGUUUGGUGGAAAGCCAUUGGAGGCGGUCGACUACAUGGACGAUGGCACCCCCAUUCGCCUGAAGGUCACCAUUGACGGGUCAAACGGGUCGGCCGUCUUUGAUUUUGCAGGGACGGGUCCCGAGGUGUACGGCAGCUGGAACGCCCCUAUUGCCAUCACACACUCCGCCAUCAUUUAUUGUCUGCGAUGCAUGAUCAAUGCAGAUGUUCCGCUCAACCAGGGAUGUCUGGCCCCGAUUGACAUCCAAGUGCCAUCUCCCAGCAUUCUCUCGCCGACGAGGACCGCUGCUGUCGUUGGUGGCAACGUGGUGACCUCGCAGCGCAUCACAGAUGUCGUUCUCAAGGCCUUCCAGGCCUGUGCUGCAUCACAGGGCUGCUGCAACAACCUGACGUUCGGCACGAACCCCAAGCUUGAUCCAGCCACCGGUGCCGUAGUGAUUCCUGGAUUUGGGUACUAUGAGACCAUCGCCGGCGGCAGUGGCGCGGGACCGUCGUGGAAAGGAGAAUCUGGGGUACACGUCCAUAUGACCAACACACGCAUUACCGACCCGGAGAUUUUGGAAAAGCGGUAUCCCACCAUGCUCCGCCAGUUUACUCUGCGGGAAGGUUCGGGUGGACGAGGCAAGAAUCCGGGAGGCCAAGGAGUGGUGCGCGACAUCGAGUUUCUAGCUCCGAUGCAGUGCUCAAUCCUUUCGGAGCGGCGUGUACACCGACCCUAUGGACUUGAGGGUGGCCAGGAUGCGCAGCCUGGGCUCAACCAAUGGAUCACCCGAGAUGCGGAGACAGGAGAGGAGCGCCAGAUCAACAUUGGCGGCAAAAAUACCGUGUCGGUGAAAACACACGACCGGGUUGUCAUCAUGACUGCCGGUGGUGGUGGAUGGGGUGCAGUAGAGGCAUGA